GCUAUUCAUUCCGACUUUCGACCGGAAAAACUACAACUAACUAAUCAAUGGUGCAAAUUAAAAGUUGAAAUCAUUGAACCAUCUAAAGACGUAGAUAUCAAUAGAAUCAGUUAUUACACUUUAAUUGGCCUUAUCUUCCUAGCUAUCCAGCGAGCUUCACCAUGGCAAGUGUUUCGUUGGUCACCACUGCUAUUGCAAGAAGCAGGCUAGAAGGGAAGGUAGCGUUGAUCACCGGCGGAGCAAGUGGCAUAGGCGAGUGCACCGCAAGACUCUUCUCGAAACACGGCGCGAAAGUGAUGAUCGCCGAUAUCCAAGACGAGCUAGGGCACUCCGUUUGCAAGGACAUAGACUCGUCCUCUUACAUCCACUGCGAUGUGACAAACGAGGAACACGUUGAACGCGCCGUGAACACGACCGUUUCCAGGUACGGGAAACUAGACAUCAUGCACACCAACGCAGGCAUAAUAGGCAAGUUCAAGCCCAGCAUAGCAGACAACGUAAAGUCGGAGUUCGAGGAAGUGAUGAACGUUAACUUGGUGGGCGUGUUCCUGGGAAUGAAGCACGCGGCGAGGGUGAUGAUCCCUUGGCGACGUGGCAGCAUAAUCGCGACGGCUAGUGUGGCCGGACGCAUGGGUGGUACCGCUUCGCAUGCGUACACGGCGUCGAAGCAUGGCGUGGUGGGGCUGGUGCGAAAUGCUGCGGUGGAGCUUGGAGCGUUUGGGAUACGCGUGAACUGUGUUUCCCCUUAUGCAGUUCCUACGAAUAUGAGUAGGAGUUUUCUUGGCACUGGCGAUGAGGGAGUCGCUGCGCUUUAUUCAAAUCUUAAGGGGACGGAUCUUAAGGCGCAGGAUGUGGCUGAGGCUGCUUUGUAUUUGGGGAGUGAUGAGUCCAAGUAUGUUAGUGGACAUGAUCUUCUAGUGGACGGGGGCUUCAGUGUUCUGAAUCAUGGUUUCUGUGUGUUUGAGCAAUCGCUCUAGUUUUUUUUUUUUUUUUUUUUAUUAAAUUAUUUUA